UUCAGUCAGCACCUGAGGUACAGCACAACGUGCGUGAGGAACACGGAGGAGAGGGUCCUCCUUUGUAAUUGGCGGUCGGGCCGUGUCAAUAUCAGACAGCAGCCGUGUCCAUUGACGGGAUGCUCCACCCGGCUCAGCAGGCUGGAUCGGCACAUGGAGUCGCACACAGAGCUCAACAGAUCGCAGAGGAGACGGGCUAUACAGGAACUGAGGAGACGGCUGACCAUGGAGCGGCUGGCCGCGUUGAGGGCGUCCAACCCCGUCGUCCCGCUGACCACCCGUUUGGAUAUUGUGGAGGGGGAAACGAAGCAGGAAGACGAAGAGGAGAAGAAGAAGGUGAGCUGCAAAGAUUAUUCCUGCCACUGCCGAGCGUCGAUCCUGAGGCUGCGGAAAGCUUUGCAAGAGCGGGACGAGGCCCUGACCAAGAGAAGUGCGACCAACCAAUCCAUUAGAGAGGACAACCUGAGACUGACCUCUGAAUUUAAUAGAGCGAGGAAGAGGUACCAGCUACUGAAAAGGCAGAGUGUCAGGGCGAGAUCAGCAAAGGCCAGGUCAGCAAAGAGGUCCAGGUUUCAGACCGAGCCRUCUCCUCCUACGUCAGACACAGAACAAGAGGAGCUGCAGGAGGACCGAGUCGUGGGUUCAAGGGCCCAGACAGAGGAAGCCACGGCGCCCGGAUCUAGCAGCCAAAGUCCCUUCCCGGGCUCUGCUCUGA